CACGGCCACCAUGUUGGAUCAGGAAGUAGACGGAGUCGGAGCAGGAAUCCCGAGCUGGGCUUAACGUACUCGGCAGUCUUCAUCCGAUCGACCCCCUGCAUCGUCUCCACGUCCGCGCCCCGGGUUUCAUGCCGUGUUGCUCGCCUGCCGGUCCAGGUCGCCGCUUCUCCCCGCAUCUGAUCAAUUUGCCGCAGCCGCGAUGAACUCUCUCUCCCAGAGGAACUCGGGCCUCGUCCAGCGGCGGAGCGAGGCCAUCCGCAGCGCCGCCGUCGAGAAGGACAGGGAGUCCGGCGGGGAGGAGGAGGAGGCGCGCCGCGGGGAGGAGGAGGACGACGACAAGGGGGACUCGAAGGAGACCAGGCUCACACUGAUGGAGGAGGUGCUGCUGCUGGGCCUCAAGGACCGAGAGGGCUACACGUCUUUCUGGAACGACUGUAUUUCUUCCGGACUCCGCGGGUGCAUGCUGGUGGAGCUGGCUCUCAGAGGGAGGCUACAGCUGGAGGCCUGCGGCGUGAGGAGGAGAAGCCUGCUGUCCAGGAAGGUGAUCUGCAAGUCAGACGCUCCGACGGGAGACGUGCUGCUGGACGAGGCCUUGAAGCACGUGAAAGAAACCCAGCCUCCUGAGACGGUCCAGAGCUGGAUAGAGCUGCUGAGUGGAGAGACCUGGAAUCCGCUGAAGCUGCACUACCAGCUGAGAAAUGUUCGUGAGCGUCUUGCUAAGAACCUGGUCGAGAAGGGCGUCCUCACCACCGAGAAACAGAACUUCCUGCUCUUCGACAUGACCACACAUCCACUCACCAACGGCUCCAUUAAACAGCGCCUUGUCAAGAAGGUCCAGGAGUCUGUUUUGGAGAAGUGGGUCAACGACCCCCACCGCAUGGACAAGCGGAUCCUGUCUCUGAUCCUUCUGGCGCACUCGUCUGAUGUUCUGGAGAAUGCCUUCGCCCCACUCCAAGAUGACCAGUACGACCUGGGCAUGAAAAGAGUCCACACUCUGCUAGAGCUGGAGCCGGAGAAAGAGAGCGCGAAGCCCAACGUCAACGAACUCAUGUGGGCUGUCGUGGCUGCGUUUACUAAGUGAAAACACCUGAUUGGUUGGACUGAAAGAUCUGGCUUUGGUCUGUGUUAUUUAAUUGAUUGAAGGACAUCACUUAAUCAGACAGACUUCACUUUAAUGAGACAAUCUGUCGGGGAGCCUGUUUGUACUGUACAUCUAUUCCGGAGGACAAUUGGGGGGUGGGGGGAGGGGAUAGAGCAUAUUAACCCAGUGCAAUCUAAUUGGUGGUGGGUGUCACCAGGUCACAUUUGGUUGGAUGGAAAAGUCUCUAAAUUACAAGUGACUGGCUGCUUUUUCACAGUGAGGUAAGUGAUCUGUCACUUUGAGGCUGGAAAUACUUGUAAACCCUUGACUCUGCAAACUGUCGGGCUUCUGUUAAUGUUAGACGGCAUCAGAGAACAAAGCAGACGGCAGAAGUAGUCAUGGUGAAUAUGAAGAUUAUGACUGUGGCCAAUUUUCCCCUCUACACAAAGGAAACUCUCCAUUACAAGACCUGACCAGAAUCAAACCCUGGUCUCCACACUCUUCCCCAUCCUUAUGCAAGGACAAAGGAUAGCAAGCUAUUUGCGCUCUUUGCACUCACGCAGGCCUCCUGCUUCAACAUACUCAUUCCCACUCGUGUUGGGAGAUCAUGCUUCGGGUUAACGUUCGAACACACGGACUCCCUUCCGUCUCCUUUCUUCCUCAUUGCAUUGUGGGGAGGAGAGAGAGAGGACCGACAUAAACGCAAGUUCAGUUCCUGCUUCAUCGAGACUGACCUGGGUAAUUUGGCGCUCAUCGACUGACCUGAAUGAAGAAUUAAACCUUGAGUCAACAAAUAUCUUUUACCGUAUUAGGUCGCUUCUCUUUAGCUAGGGUCCAAUCUUUGUUCAUACAACAAGACACGUCUUCCGCUUUUAUUUAUGUAGCUAAUCGAUGCUUGGGACUAGCCUGUCAUUUAGCAACUCUUUUGCACAGUCAAUAGCCCUGUAGGUCAGAUAGUAUUUAUAGGGAUUAUUCUUGAGUUGAGUAUACCCACUUGUGAAGAUGGGAUUCUGACCUUAGCAUCCAUGGUAAAGAAAAAGAGAGAUGUCCCUUAUUUUCUCAGCAGUUAUUGAUCUCUAUUGAUGAUGAAUACUUUAAAAUCAUUCCUCUGGACUAUUUUUAAGUGGGCGUUGCUCUGUGAGGACGUGUGGGGGGGGGGCUAGUGAGUAUUUUUUCCAGUUUAGAAAAAAGUUUAAAGGGUUAAUUCACCCAAAUUGUAUAGAAAAAUCUAUAUAUAUUUUCUUAGUUAACACUAGUGGUAUCCAGCCUUGCAGAUGGCUUCUGUUAUAUAUUAAGUUUUGAGACCGUCGCCUCUGAGACAUCGGCUUCUAUUGACAUUGGCUUCUAGCAGUAAAUAUAUAAUUCAAAUGCAACAUUUCCUGCAGGAGUUUCCCUGUCACUAAUCCACAGACUUCACUGUGAAGGACUUUCUAAAGAAAGAUAAAGAGAUUGCCCCUAUGAGAUCAGUGAACGUUAUGUCCCGUGGUUUAUACGAUCAGAUAACAACAGAGGUAAGUUACGGAAAUGCAUUUUGUAAUUUGGGUGAACCCAGUCUUUAAGUUUCCAUCUUGCAAUGUUGUGUAUUUUUCAGUUUGUACAUCACCUAAUAAUGUCUACCUAGUAAACCCAUGUGGGUGUGUUGAGUUGUUUUAUACCUGCAGGUGACAGGGCCCAGAUGAUUCCUAAUUUAAUACUGAGCAACUGUCCUAACAUGCUUUGGUGCAGGUCUGGGAAAACUCCCAUUUCCAUAUAAAGUCACAAUUGUAUACAUCAAUCUGGUGUGAUACAUGUAUGAAGCUAUAUCAUCUAUUGGCUCAUGGCAUAUUGCUCUGUCUGUUUUAUUUUUCUAACUACAAAACACCAGUAGGUAGGAAGAACUCUUGAGAUCUGUUUACUGCAAAGAGACCAUGCAUGCUAUUGGUGGAGGGCUGGGGUACUUGUGGAUGUAGCUACAGAAAAAGGCUUGUAUGUAAUUAUUAGUCAUUUUAUGUGUACGAUCUAAAGGAAUUCAAUGAAAGGGAUCUUCUCUCCUAUCCUCUAUAGUUCUGUAUGCUUUUGUAUUACCACACAAAAUAAAGUAAGGAUCAUUUAAGUGCCUGAAUUUA